GAAUGGGUUUGAUUAUCAGUGACAAUCCAGAGGCUGACUUGGCGCUGCGGGUUCUUUAUGGUGCCGCAAGGCACAUGAGCAGGACAACGUGCGAGUGGCGUGACUUCUUAAGAACAUGGAAAUCUCGGGAGAUUGACUCGAUUGACAUCGAUUUAGCUGUGGAAAUCCUGCGCAGAUGGUACGGUGACCGUCCCGUUGUGAUCCUGGCUGACGAGCUUGGGAAGUCGAAGGACGAAGCUUUGGUGCGCCAGGAGCUUUGCAGAGCCAUGGACCUUUGGGGAGGCCAAAUUUUUGUCGUGAUGUCUGGUCUCACCAACUACGAAGCAGUUGUGAAGAUGUUCAGGGGCAGCCAGCGAGAGGUGUACAUUCACACUUUAACAGUGCUGGGUACUGAAGCCUACGACCUUUUUUCUGCCAAGCUCAAUGAACUGCAGCAGAAUCAGGCAAAAGGUAUCAAGAGGGACAUCUUGGAGUACCGAAUUUCUCUUGCCUGGGGAGCUACUGGCGGCUACGCACGGGCCAUUGAGAAGAUGGCGAAAUACAUCAGAGACUUUGCCCAAGGUCUUGAAGCUGGAGUUGUCUCCAGGGCCACAACACACCUUGCAGAAGAAGUUAAUAACUUGCCCCCAAUGUUUUCCACGGGCAAUCUGGAAUCUUUACUAGAGAUAUGGGAACGAGAAGACCCUUCUUUUCUGUCUCGGAUGACAAUUGUGAAUCUGAUGCCUGAAGCCACCUACAAAGGGAGUGUCCUAAUAGACUCGCUUACGCAGGGGAGGAUGCAAGUCUUGUACCUCCCAACUGUUGCUCCGUGGCAUGCAGCCCGCUUCUUCACGCAGAUGCAAACUCACAAGAACCUGCCACCGAGAUGUGCCAAACUCAUGGGUUUGGCCGGCAGGGCAUAUAAAAACAAACUCGAUGCCAUUGAGAGCAGCAACGUCCAGACCAUGAAACAAGCCAGCUCGUACUUCACUGAAAUUGUGGCGGCUUUUGCUGCCAUGUUUGCGAUCGUGAGGAAGUACAAGAAGCUGCCACCACUUCUGACACGGGGUACGGCACGAAGCAUUUGCGACAUCGGCCUUGAUGAUUCGUUCUUGCAGGAUGAAGAACUUGCCAUGAAAAGCAAGGAGGAUGCAGAUGAGAAGUUAGCAUCAUUUUUGGAAAAAGCCGUGGAACUGAGCAAACAGAAGGGCAAGGAGCAACCCUUCUUAGUGAUCAUGGCUCCGCCCAACUGCAAGGCAGUUGAUUUUGUCAUCUUCUGCCAAGAUGAGAACAGUUUUGUGGCUGUUCAGGUGAAAUCCAAUUUUGUGACUGAGGCCAAAACCCAGAAUGAACAAAAGGCAGCCUUGCUGCAAGCAGCGAAGGACAUCGGCUCUGCAAGUGUCUCCUUGCAGCCUGUGGCCUUCCUUGCUAUAGUCGGCUCCAACUACACAGAAACACAGGACUUGAAGGCUGACACGUUUCUCCUGCAGCAAGAGGAUCUCGUUGCCCUCAUCCCGCCCUUUCUGCGUCAACUCUCGGGUCUCGCUGCAGGGGUGCAAAGCGUGGAAUGUGAGGAUGCGUGAGUGGAAAAAGAUGGAAAAA